AUGGCUUUGAUCCGAAGCGUAGGGAAGUCUGUGAGGUUCUAUUUCAAUUCUAUUAAGCUCGCUCGACCUAUACAUGUUUCUGCGCAAGCACUGGUAAAAGACUAUUACAAAAUAUUAGGAGUCAGCAAAGGGGCAUCACAGUCCGAUAUCAAGAAAGCUUACUAUCAGCUUGCUAAAAAGUAUCACCCUGACAUAAACAAAUCUGAUAAAUCUGCAGCACAGAAGUUUGCCGAAGUCAGUGAAGCCUACGAAGUUUUAGGUGACGAGGAAAAGAGAAGGUCAUAUGACUCCUUUGGCGGAACCUCACCCGGUGGGUUUUCCAGUUCAACAGGUGGCUUCGAGAACUUCACAUCGCGCUUUGACCCAGAAGAACUAUUUCGUCGAAUUUUCAGAGACAGCGAUUUUGCUUACCAGGAGUGGAGUUCUGGAGAUCGCAAUUUCGCUGAAUCCAUUUUCGGCUUCAAUACAACAAGGGAGGUUGUGAUCAACCUCUCCUUUGAAGAUGCUGCUAGAGGGGUUACAAGAGAAGUCGCCAUUAAUGUUGUCGUUCCGUGUACAACGUGUGAAGGAUCGCGGUGUCAACCAGGAACUGGAAUGACAACUUGCCCCAAAUGCAGUGGUUCCGGCCAAGAAACAGUCAGUACGGGUCCCUUCGUCCUUCGUACUACUUGUCGCCGGUGCUCCGGUACUGGUAGUGUAGUUCGAUAUCCGUGUCGCGCGUGUAACGGCACGGGUCAAACCAUUGGCAGAGAACAGGUCAAGGUCGCCAUCCCACCAGGCGUUGAGGACGGCCAGGUGUUGCGAGUUUCGGUGAACAGCGGUCGAAAGGGAUCUCACUGCCAGUCGGCGCAAGAGUUGUUUGUUACAGUUCGGGUGGAGUCGAGUCCUAAUUUUAGACGUGAUGGUGCAGAUGUUCACUCCAAUGUGACAAUAACUCUCGCUCAAGCGGCGCUUGGUGGGAAGAUCAGAAUUCCGGGUAUUUACGAGCAGGUUUUGGUGACGAUUCCUCCUGGGUCCUCGAGUCAUGACAGAAUUCGUCUACCCGGGAAAGUCCUUUUUUACAGGCGACUCUCUGAACUUCAGCGAGCCCUUUUAUUGGCCUUUGCUGAAACCGAAACGAAUGUCAAAGGUUCCGUGGAUGGCGUUGUGUCGACCGAAUCAGCCCUCUCUCGUCUUCACCAAACUCUCACAAAAUUGAGUAGCGGGGACGUUGGCCGAUCAGGCAACAGGGAUACGGCGUCAGGAAGGUACGAUGAUGGGGAUGGUAAUGAUGGUUGGAUGUCUCGCAUCACGAUUGGAGCAAAACGAGUCUUUUCUGCCGCAAAGGAUGUUAUAAGCGGUGGUGGUACCAGGAGCUGA